UAUUUUCAAUUAAAUUUUCUUGAAAACCACUUGCAAGUUUCAACUCUGACACAAAACCCUUGGAGAGAGAAAGCGCGCGAAACUCCAUUACAGCUCGAAGAUGCCAGAGCUUCCGGAGGUAGAGGCAGCCCGAAGAGCCAUUGAGGAGAAUUGCAUAGGCAAGAAGAUUGUGAAAGCUAUCAUCGCCGACGAUUCCAAGGUCAUCGACGGCGUGUCUUCCGAUGAUUUCAAAGCUUCUCUUGAGGGCAAAACAAUCUUAGCUGCUAAUCGUAAAGGAAAGAACAUGUGGAUUCAGCUAGAUUCCCCUCCUUUUCCUACUUUCCAGUUCGGAAUGGCGGGUGCUAUAUAUAUCAAGGGCGUUGCAGUUACAAAAUAUAAACGGUCUGCUGUGAAAGACGAUGACGAGUGGCCUUCCAAGUAUUCAAAGGUUUUCCUUGAGUUGGACGAUGGUUUGGAGCUUUCAUUUACUGAUAAGAGGCGGUUUGCCAGGGUUCGUUUACUGGAGAAUCCUGUUUCUGGGCCUCCAAUAUCUGAGCUUGGUCCUGAUGCACUGUUGGAGCCAAUGACUGCGGAUGAGUUCUCUAAAGCUUUGAGCAAGAAAAAGAUUGGCAUUAAGGCUUUAUUACUUGACCAGAGUUUUAUUUCAGGAAUUGGCAACUGGAUUGCAGAUGAAGUGCUAUAUCAGGCAAGACUCCAUCCUAUGCAGUCUGCUUCAAGCAUAUCCAAAGAGCACUGUGCAACAUUGCUGAAGUGCAUUAAUGAGGUUACAGAAUUUGCGGUUCAAGUGGAUGCCGAUUGCAGCCGCUUCCCUUCUGAAUGGUUGUUUCAUUACCGUUGGGGCAAAAAGCCUGGAAAAGUUAAUGCUGUUGAAGUUGGGGCAGAUAGUAGUCAGUAUCCUACCAGUUGGAUUUUCCAUUCCCGGGAAAAGAAACCUGGCAAGGCCUUUGUUGAUGGGAAGAAAAUAGAAUUUAUCACAGCAGGUGGCAGGACAUCAGCCUUUGUGCCAGACCUACAAAAGAAUACGGGAGCUGAAUCUGCCAAAGUAGCAGGUAAACGGCAACAGUCCAAAGUUCAGAAAGUCGAGCAUAACAAUAGUGAUGGUCAAGAUGAAGAGGCAGAAGCUGGGAAGUCAAAGGUGAAGCAGCGUGGGUCAAAUGCUGAGAGAGCUUCUGCUAAAAAGAAGUCGAAGGAGAGCAGCAGUGAUAGUGAUGAAAAUGAUAGUGAUGAAUAUCUAAAGAAGUCUUCUGUAAAAGCAAAACAAAACAGGAGCUCCAAGGGAAAAAAAGAUGGUGAUCAAAAGAAGAAAACUAGAGGAACAAAUACGGCUGCUAAAAGAAAACUAGAGGAAAGUGAUGAUGAAGAUGAUGACUAUAAUGAUGCUAGUGGGAGUGAUGAUGAUUAUGAACAGGGCAAUGAUCACAAGCUCUCUAGUAGAACACAAUCAAAGGGGAAGAAGACCACCAAGCCAGCGGCUGAACCCAGGCAGACUAGGAAUAAGCCGUCCAAGAAGCAGAAAUAAUUUUUCAUCGAAGUAUCAAGUGUGCAAUCUUGUAAAAUUAGAGGAAGUGGCAGAUGUUGUAGCUUUUUGUUUGGAUCACAAGUUUGUAAUCGCCCGUGAAUAGCUACUAAAACAGUACGGUGACAUGACUCUACUAUUUCAUCAAUGGUUUAGGCCUAAGCUAAGGUUCACUGUGGGAUGUAUGUUGCAAACUUCUGUAACUUCCCUCAAGAAAACAUUAAUUAAGUCAUCACUGUUAGUUUCUCCCGUA